AUGUCACCUUCAAGUCCCAAUAUUCCUUUUCCCAAACUAAUUUCAACUCCAAUAUUUCGACCUGAUCUUAAUAUCAGAUUAAUUUGUCCGGAUUGUAAAAAUCCCAAUCCCAAACUUAUUGAAGAAUUUGCAAGUGGUGAUAUGGUUUGUGGAGAAUGUGGAUUAGUACUUGAUGGUAAAAUUAUUGAUACCAGAUCUGAAUGGCGUACAUUUAGUAGUAAUGAUGAGGGAAAUAAAGAUCCUUCACGUAUCGGGGCAGCCUCGGAUCCAUUAGAUCCAUCAGCCUUGGAUACAUCAAUUUCAUGGCAAGGAAGUACGAAUAAUGAAUUUUCAUCAUCACCAUCAUUAAGUCGAACACAUUUUAAAGCCACAGUUAAUAAGAGUAACGUAAGUUUGAGAUAUGUGCUUCAGGAGAUUGAAUCAAUUUGUCAUUCAAUGGAUUUAUCCAUGGAAAUUAUUGAGACGACCAAACAAUUAUAUCGAAGAUCCAAUGAGGAAAAAAUUUUAAGGGGAAAGAAUAAGGUGGUGAUUUAUGCUGCAUGUAUUUAUAUCGCAUGUCGAAUAAUGAAUGUGGGAAGAUCGUUAAAAGAGAUUAUUGCGGUGACCCGAGUAUCCAAAGGACAUUUAAGUCGAGCGAUUAAAAUCUUGGUCUCAACAUUUGAUUUAAAUUUGAAACAGAUGACAUCUGAAGAUUUAAUGGCCAGAUUUUGUAAUCGACUUGGGAUUUCACCGGAAGUUACGGGUAUAUCGACAAAGGUUAGUCAAAGGAUUGAACAACUUGGAUUAUUAACCGGUCGAACUCAAAAUACUGUAGCGGCAGCCGUAAUACUUUUCGUUACCAUCAUAUUAAAAUAUCCAAUUUCAAUUGAUAAUAUUUCGAAUGUUUCUGGAAUGGCUACACCAUCUAUCAAAGGUGUUUGUCGUAUGAUUGAAGCGGAAAAAGAUAAAUUUCAAGAUUUAUUUCCAUGCGCUGCUAUUACUAGUAAUAUGAAUGAUAAUAGUAGUGGUAUCAAUAUUAAUGUCGGUGAUAAAGAAAAAGAAAAAAAUCGACACAAGUUUUAA